AAGUCAAAGAUGGCAUCGCCAAAACAGUUGCCAUUGUGUUGGUAUUUGGUAUGGGUACGAUAACAAACAAACGCAGUUUUCCACCAAAGAAAAUCGUAAUUACAUAAAAACAAUAAACGCCAAGCGGAACAGCCGUAAGGAAAAUCAAAGCCAGGCGGUAACAAGUGCGCGGCGAGCGGAGCAGCCCAAAAUUGUCGAAAACGGGAAUCGAAAAAGAUGCAAGAACAAGAAACGAUUUACGCAUUACGAAGCUUGUUGCAGUUUAUUGUUAUAAUGCCAAUAAGGGGAGCUGCAGUGGUGCAGUUUUUUGUAUUCCGAUUGUGAUGUAGGCAGCCACCAACACACUGGCCAAAACACGACACCGUUACCACUCCCCGGGCUACCCAGUGCAAUCAGCAAUUACAACGCAAUCAGAACAAAGAACUACCAGGACGCAUAAUUUCCUGCUUGGAGCAGUAGCCUACACACUCACUUACACACACACACACUCAAACACCUACACCACAAGUCGACAAAGAGAGCGGUCGGUCGUGUGGGGGGCAACAAAGAACAUCGGUGGGGACCCAAACAGAGGGAGAGCGAGCGCCACCAACACAGGGAGAUCAAGCGCGCGAGCGAAAGGGAAAGCAUCAGACUUCGCGGGGAGCUGCUGCAUUUCUAGACAUCUGAGUUCCGGACAUAUCCAUGCAAAAAAUGACCAAUUCGGGACGCAAUCAUCAUCGAUUUGAAUUCCUGCUGCAAUAAGCGAUUUAGGAAUUAAAAAAAAAAAUCAAAAAUAAAAAACCACUUUGGCCAAAAAUAAGCCAGAAGCCAGAAGAGAGGAGAAGAGGCGGGCCAAGAGAGCAACGUAUUGAAGACGCAAUUUGUGAAUAUUUUAAUCGUGCAUUCACACGGCGGAAGAGAGGCGGCCGCCGAUACACUGAGCGCCAAAGAGUGCCAAGUGUGCGUGCAAAGAGUUAAUUGAUUCAGUAGCAGUAGCAGCAGCAGAGAGGCGACCAGCUGAUAAGCCGGGGGGGGACAAAAGAAAAGAGGUUCCAGAGGCCACUUGAAAGUUCAUCGCGGGAUAAUGUUUGCCAGCAGCGAGGGAGGCAUGAGGGCGGGGGGCAGCAACAGCAACAGCAACAGCAGCAGCACCAGCAAUGGGGGCUCCGCCGGCGCCAGCGGCAGCAUCGAGCUCCUCUGCCCGCCCAGCGGCAGCAGCAGCAUCAGCGGCAGUGCCAGCUUCAGCAGCAGCAGUGGUGCCAGCAGCAGCAACACCCACAGCACAGCAGUCAGUAGUGAGUCCAACAACAACAGUAGCAGCAGCAGCAGCAGCAGCAGCAACAACAACAAUCACAAUCCGAGCUUACAAAUGAACAGCAACAACAUCAGACAUCAUCAUCAUCCAAGCAACAACAUCAGUGCAACAGCAGCAGCAGCAGCAGCAGCAACUAGCAACAAUAAUCACAGCAAUCACAACAACGGCAGCGGCAACCUAAUCAGUGGCAUUUGCAGCAGCAUUUGGCGAUCGGCCACCUUUGGCAGUGCUGCUCCCGUGGCGCCUCCCACGGCGGCGUCGUCAGUCCAAGAUCCGAGUCCAAAGACUCGCAGCAUGGAGAGCAGCAGCGACAGCUCCUCGCUCAGUUCCUCGAUAUCGCCCGAAGAGCAACCACAUCAAAGGACAGUGGCCUCCAACACAGAAGUGUCAUUACAGGAUCAGUCCCAAACAUUCCUAGGCGCCACCGAACUGGACGAUGAGUUAAUCAAGCAACUGCCAAAGGAGGUUCUGCUGCGUGUCUUCUCCUAUCUGGACGUUGUCUCGCUAUGCCGCUGUGCACAGGUAUGCAAAUAUUGGAACGUGCUGGCCCUCGACGGUUCCAGCUGGCAGAAAAUCAAUCUAUUCGACUUUCAACGUGAUAUCGAGGGUCCAGUGAUUGAGAAUAUAUCGUUGAGAUGUCGCGGUUUUCUCAAGUCACUGUCGCUGCGUGGUUGUCAAUCGGUGGGAGAUCAGUCCGUGAGAACUCUAGCGAAUCACUGCCACAAUAUCGAACACUUGGAUCUGUCAGAGUGCAAGAAGAUAACCGAUAUAUCCACACAGUCCAUCAGCAGAUAUUGCUCCAAAUUAACGGCCAUUAAUUUGGACUCGUGCUCCAAUAUAACCGACAACAGUCUAAAGUAUCUGUCCGAUGGCUGCCCAAACCUCAUGGAGAUCAAUGUGUCCUGGUGUCACCUCAUCUCCGAGAAUGGCGUAGAGGCGCUGGCUCGCGGCUGCGUCAAGCUGCGAAAGUUCAGCAGCAAAGGUUGUAAACAGAUAAACGACAAUGCCAUAAUGUGCCUGGCCAAAUACUGUCCCGAUCUAAUGGUGCUAAAUCUCCACAGCUGUGAGACCAUAACUGAUUCAUCGAUCCGCCAACUAGCGGCCAACUGUUCCAAGCUACAAAAGCUGUGCGUGUCCAAGUGCGCGGAUCUCACCGAUCUCUCGCUAAUGGCCCUCUCGCAGCACAAUCAUCUUCUUAAUACCCUCGAGGUAUCUGGAUGCCGCAACUUUACUGACAUCGGUUUCCAGGCGCUGGGACGUAACUGCAAGUAUCUGGAACGCAUGGAUCUGGAGGAGUGUAGCCAAAUAACAGACCUCACCCUGGCACAUCUUGCCACCGGCUGUCCCAGUCUAGAAAAAUUGACCCUAUCACAUUGUGAACUAAUCACGGAUGAUGGGAUACGACACCUCACUACUGGCAGUUGCGCCCCGGAGAUUUUAUCUGUGCUGGAACUGGACAACUGCCCCCUGAUCACAGACCGAACGCUGGAGCAUCUGGUGUCUUGCCACAACUUGCAGCGCAUCGAAUUAUUCGACUGUCAGCUUAUAAGCCGAGCCGCCAUAAUUAAGCUGAAGACCCAUCUACCAAAUAUCAAGGUGCAUGCCUAUUUCGCACCCGGAACCCCUCCGGCGGUAACCAGUGGCCACCGACCACGGUACUGCCGCUGCUGUGAGAUUCUCUGAGAUUCGGCCAUCGGCUUUGCCAGGAAGAUAAUGCGCAAAACCGCCACGGACUGAUGCUGGCCGGUGUGCAUCGUUAUGUUCGCCACGGUGUUCAGCCUGACCCUCAUCUCGAUGAUCUGCAUGUACUUGCUGGGCCUGCUUGAUGCGGCGAUGAGCACAUAGGCCGCCAGAUGUCAGAUGCCAGAUCUGGAACAGCAGUAGCAGCAGCAGCAGCAGCAGCAGCAGCAGCGGCUUCAACGAAACCUAACCAUAGUUUUAGUUUGGAUCGAGUUUUAAAAACUCACCAGAAAAUGAAAACCAGCAUCAAAUUGUGAUUAUUUUAUUUAAUAUGCUACUUUAACUAGACCCUGAUUUGUGAAAACCGUAUUAGUCCCACAUGCUCCUCUGUGUUUUGUUGUUAACUGCAAGCCCGAAGAAUUGCUAUCUUAUAUAGCCCCUGUAUAUAUAUAUGUAUUUAUGUAUGUAGACGUGCACCCCCCUCCCCUGGCAGCUUCAGGUGGCUCCGCCUAAGUGUUCUGUGUCUAGCCUAGAAUCUGCAAUUAUGUACGAUUAGUUUUAAAAUUGUCCCCAAGCAUACACAAUGCAUGCGCCUGUCUUGAAUGUUUUAUAAAUUAUAACUACAUUUUAAAUUCAUCUGGAUUAAGGCUUGAUUUUUCGCUAAAGAAGAAAGUAACCAGGAAGUUAUUAAGAAUUCCGAAACAUGUCGAUAGAACCACAAAGCGUUCAAACUAGCACACACACACACAACAUACACACACCUGAUACACCUGAACACAGACACUAAUUUUGAUAAAGUCUAGUGCCAGCUAAGUCUGUUCAGCAAUUAGAGUUAUCUAUGUAUAGCCAUGUAUAGUACACAACGAACAAACGACUCAUAUACACUGCAGUUAUUUGAAUCUAGAAAAGAAAAUAUCAAGAAAUCUAUUUACACUCCCUGGAAAAUCCUUAAACGGGCAGGACAGUUAGCCUUUCGAAUUAGCUCACAGCUUGGACCACCUCAACUAAAUAGAAUAUAUAUUUAAAUAUUAUGUAAGAUAGCUUGGAUUUCUGAUUUCCAAAAACUGAAAGGUUUCCCCCUCCUCUGGCAGAACCUCACACACUAUAUAUAUAUUAUAUCCAUAAUCCUCGAGAGAUCGAGCCAAAAACUCCAGUUGUGAGCUGAGGGAAAGGGUGACCGAAGAAAAAGCGCUGGCGUGACAAUAACAGGCCACUAAUCCGUUUAACCCUUUGACACACAUGAUUAACCCUCUACCGUACCCCCUCUACCGCACAGAACAUACAAAGUACACACAGAUAAGCACAAUAAACGCAAACGAUACCAGAUGAGAUAUUUUCCUGAUUCAUUUUAUUCUCUAAAGUUAAGAUAAGCAAAUGGUGUCAUACAAAAAACAUAUAUCUACCAUAUAUUUUCCUAGAAAAAAAUCAUCAGAAAGAAAGUCAUAUUUACAAAAGAAAUAAGAAAAGAAAAGAAAAGAACGCUAUUAAAAUCAGAGUUGUAAGUGCGUAUUUUAACGGAUCUUUCUCUGUCUCUUGUAGUGUGUUUCAGCUAUAUUUUAAAAAUGUUCAAAAAGAAUCAACUAAAUCACAACUGAUAUGUAUUAAUUAGAGUUAGUGUUCAAGAACCGAAAGAUAAAUUGCCGUAAAGUGCAUAAAUUAGUUCCGUACCACACACAAAAAAACAGUUUUUGGUUCAAUAAAAUUUACAAUUUAAAAAGGAAUAGUUCUUAUAUACACCUAUAUAUAUAUAUGUAUUAUGUAAAGGCUUUACAAUGCAGACUUAUAUUUACAUGAUGUACGUACGUGUGUGUAGUUUUGCAAAGAAAAAGAAAUGCAACUUUAUCGGAUAAAAAAAACACUUGAACUUUAACAAGAAUUAAUCUGAAAAACCAGAUAUAUAUGACAUUUUAAACUGAGAAACGUUUAACUAAAUAAUAUUUUAAAUAUCAAAAUGUGUUUUCUUUUUAAUUAAUGGGAUAACAAGAACUUAUAUAUUCCUCAUAGAUUUGUUUCAAAUAAUCAAAAAUUUUUAAAAACCUCUAAAAGUAACGACAUUUUGCGUCUUUCCCGCCCAUGGUAUUUUAAUCAGGCCGUAAUAUGGUCACACUGGCACACCCACAGCUGACACUCAGUCUGGUCACUCAGUCUCGCCCCACACAGUUGUUUUUGUUGGUGAAAAAAAAUAAACAAUAAUUUCACAGGCCCCUGUGCGUUAAUAAAAAGUGGAAAUUAUGCAAAUCUCGGUAGCGAAAACGCAACGCGAUGGCAAUGCAAGUGUAGGCGAGGCUUUUCCGGAUUUCCCAGCCCAGCUCGAGCUAACGCAGUGCACCUGUGCUGGUAUUUCCAGUCGUAUUUUCGCUGCAAUGGCUGCCAACCAGCCGAGAACGAUCAAUUCCGAUAAGUAGAAAGGAUAAGGAUAGAUGAAGAGCUGAGAAAUAAGUAGU